AUGGCAAAGGUUGUUUUAAUUGGUUCUGGAGCUGUAGGAACUUCAUUUCUUUACUCAGCUAUAAACCAAGGAUUAGCUUCAGAAUACGGGAUUAUUGAUGUUUCUGAAAACAGCCGAGACGGUAAUGUUAUGGAUCUUGAAGAUGCUAUUGCAUCAGUUCCUAGAGAAUUUAAAGUUUAUUCAACAGACUACUCUGAACUUAAAGAUGUUGAUUACAUCAUGAUUGCUGCCGGUAGACCUCAAAAACCCGGAGAAACAAGAUUACAAAUGAUUCAAGAUAAUGUUCAAAUAAUUAAAGAUAUUGCUGCAAAAAUUAAGGAUUCUGGAUUCAAAGGGAUCACCUUUAUUUGUGCUAAUCCGGUUGAUAUCCUUACUUACGCAUACAUUAAAGCUACAGGUUUCUGCAAGUGUAGAGUUAUUGGUUCAGGGACAGUUCUUGAUACAGCAAGAUUAAAACUUGCAAUUGCAAAAGAUUUAAAUGUUGCUGUUUCCAGCGUAGAUAAUGCUUAUGUAAUUGGAGAACAUGGUGAUUCUUCAGUAACUGUUUACUCUGCUAUUUCUGUGGCGAAUAAAAAUCUUGUUCAGUCUAACUCUAAAUUUACUCCGGAUAACUAUCAAGAAACUCUAGAAAAAGUUGUUGCUAGAAAAGCUUAUGAAAUCAUUAACAGAAAACGAGCUACUUUCUAUGGGAUCGGUGCAGCUAUGGCAAGACUUCUUUCUGCCGUAAUGCACGAUACAAAAGAAAUUCUUGUAUGUGGGGCUUUUCUAGAAGGAGAAUAUGGUCUAAAUGAUGUAGUUAUUGGUGUUCCUUGUGUUCUGGGUAAAGAAGGUAUUGAGAAAGUGGUAGAAAUUGAAUUAAAUAAUUUAGAAAAAGAAAAACUUGCUAAAUCCUACAAAAUAAUUUCCGAUCUUAAUAAAGAAGCUUGCUAA